AUGGCCGAUCUUGGGAGGUUCGGGGCCGCCGGCCGCAUGUGCUUGCGGUGUCAACUCCAGGCUUUCGUCGCAACUCAUGCUCGAUCUCGUCGUGGUAUCUCCAGCUCGAGCAACGCUGCUACCGUUGAGGCCCAGGGUAAAGCCGAGAUGGGACAAACGGUGCCACAAGACGAGAUCCCAGUUGCGCCUUUACAUUCGACCCCGACAUUCGACCGAUACCGUCCCCCCCAACGCUCCGUUUCAGGCAACCGGAAGGCCUCUGUCGCCAUGUUCCAGAGCAUCGUCCAGAAACAAGCCGGGACAUCCACCGGCCCCGGGGACUCGAUAAAGGGAUCUACUAGUAUAGAGAUUGUGAAGGACGUUGCUCGGCUUCAGGCCAUGCUGGAGAAGGAGGGUGCUACUCUGGCCGAAGCAUACGCAUUCUUUACGGAGACCGUCUACCCGCAGAUGACCAAGGACCUUACCGGGAUCCCGCAAAUCGUCAGGAACCAGAUUGGUGUCGUUCUCCUGGACCCCCUGGCCGAGGAGAAGGCGAGGGAUUUCGACUCGGACCAGCUGCCGAGCGUCGCCCGCAUCACAGAGAUCAUGAUCGAGCUGGAUGUCCUUCGGCCGUCCCAGUGGGCCACGCUCGUGAUCUCGCUGGUCCAGCAUAUCUACGGGCAGAAGACGGUCCCCGAGGCCACCGGGUCUCUCGUGGAGUACGAGAAUGCAAUGGCGCGGCGGGAUUCGCUUGUCUAUGAUUUGCUUGGGGCCUGGCGGGCGUUCUGCGCACAGAGUCCCUCCUUGGACAACCCAAUGCCUGAGACCGCGGCCCCGAACCUGGACCAAGCCAGACCUAGGCCAUCCUACGCAGGGGGGAAGUACCCACGACAACAACAAUACCAGCAGCAACACCAGCAACAACAACAGCAAAAGCCCUCGCUUGAAACAGUGUUCGGGGCCAUGUUCCCCCAGUACAUGAUCCCGUCCUUGUCACGGCCCACCUUUGCCGCCUUCGCAACCUUCCGGCUGCUGACGGAUACGUUCAACCGCUCUCGCGCGGUCCGGAACGACGCUGCGCCUUUCCUUCAGCUGAUGCAAGGGCUCCUUUUGAAAUCCGACCGGAUCCGUCAGAAAGACUUUCGGCCCAUCUUCGACACGUUCCCAGACCUCCCCAAGUUUAUAUGGCCCCAACAAGACCGUGCGGCUACCGCCUUCCUCGACCCGGCGUCUGGGCCGGCAGGGGAUGCACCGGGCCUGAUAGACCGGGACAUCCAUCGGCAGCUUGGUGAGGCCGUCAAGAGCAUGAACCUGAACAUGGUGAAGCGAGCUUGGCUAGGCUUCUGGGGCGAGGCGGCGACCCCGAGUGACGAUCGGAUUCGCGAACUGACCCAGCAGCCUAACAUGUUCAACUACUUCAUCCUGGCCUACAGCAUGAUGCGGCAGCCGCAGUUAGCGAUCGAUGUGUGGAACAACAUGGAGCAGAUCGGCAUAGCGCCCACGGUCAAGACCUGGACCGCCAUGCUGCAAGGUUUCGCCAAGGCCAAGAACCCGCGCGGCAUCGAAACCAUCUGGGAGAAGCUGCUGGCCUCGCGCACCCAGCUGGACACGGCGGUCUGGACGGCCCGCAUCAGCGGCCUCUUCAUGUGCAACGAGCCCGAUGCCGGCAUUCGGGCCCUUAGCCAGAUGGCCGACUACUGGCAAGCCCGUGCCGACCCCCAGUACGCGCCCGCGGCCGUCCAGCUCUCUGCCGAGCCCGUGAACGCCGCGCUCGCCGGCCUCCUCCGCGCCAAACGCAAACGGGACGCUCCCAAGCUCCUCGCCUGGGCCGCCGCGCAAGGCGUCAACCCAGACGUCUACACCUUCAACACCCUCCUCCGCCCCCUCGUCCUGCGCGGCGACAUCGCCGGCAUCGACGAAAUCUUCUCCAUCAUGCGCAGCAUCGACCUCCAGGCCGACACCGCCACCUUCACCGUCCUCCUCGACGCGGCCCUCAGCCGCAUCGGCGACCUCCCCCCCGCCCAGCAAAUCGCCAUCGUCGAGCGCGUCUUCGCCGCCAUGACCGCCUCCAACAUCGACAUCAACAUGCAAGUCUACGCCCGCGUCGUCCACCUCCUCCUCGUCGAAGGCGACCGCGCCGAAGAGCCCGUCAAGGCGGUCCUCGCCCACAUCUGGAACCGCGGCCUCGAACUCACCUCCCACAUCUACACCAUGCUCGCCGAGCACUACUUCGCCCGCGACCCCCCCAACACCGACGCCGUCGCCGCCCUCAUCGAAAACCGCCGCCUGCACCGCAACAAGGGCGUCGACCGCAUCUUUUGGGAACGUGUCAUCUGCGGCUACAGCGAGGCCGGCGAACUCCCCCGCGCCCUGGAGAUAUUCGACCGCGCCUUUGCCAGCGGCACCCCGAUGUCGCUACCUACGCUGCAUGUGCUGUUGGCGGCGGUGCUGGCGGCCGGGGACGGGCCGACGGCGGAGCGCGUGGUCGAGGCUGCGCGCAAGCUUGGGAGUGUGGGCGGGACGGAUCAUCAGAGUGGGCCGUCGGGGGAUAGGAUUUGGAAGCAUCGGUUUUGGCAUCUGGCGAAUCAGUAUGGGCUGUUGAGCCCGCUUUUGGUGCGCCGGUUCCGCGCGGCGAAUGAUUUGGGGGAUGAGAGGAGGUGA